AUGAACGUGUCGUUUUACGAGAACAGCAUCAGCGAUGAAUCGAAAUACUUGGAAAAAGAACUCGGGCCUAAGUAUUUGUCUUUAACGUUGGUUGUGCCUGUUACUCUUACGUACGUUAUCAUCUUCGUGACCGGAUUUAUCGGCAAUGUGAUCACUUGUAUCGUUAUAUGGAGGAAUCCGACUAUGCAGACUCCAACGAAUUAUUACUUGUUCAAUUUAGCGGUAUCCGAUUUGCUGCUUUUGAUACUAGGUCCUCUUACGUAUCGGUACUAACUAUCGUGGCGUUCUCAGUAGAAAGAUACUUGGCAAUUUAUCAUCCACUUCGUCAUUAUGGGAGUGGUUUGAAGCGUUCGAUACGUUCUAUAUUUGCUGCAUGGUUGAUAGCUUUGAUUUCUGCUAUGCCAUUUGCUACUUAUAUCGACAUAAAUUACGUUGAAUAUCCACAAAACUCUACACGAAACUCGGAGGAAUCGGCUAUUUGUGCGAUGCAGAAGAAAAACAUGCCAGAUUUUCCUCUUUAUCAACUUAGCUGCAUUCUCUUUUUUCUUAUACCAAUGGUAUUCAUCGCGGUGCUUUACGUGAGAAUAGGAUUGCGAAUACAAAGCGACAGCCUCGCGCAGAACGUUGAGGGAUAUGUUCAUGGUGAAACGAAACAAGCCCAGUCACGGAAAACCAUCACACGAAUGCUGAGUGCCGUGGUGAUCACGUUUUUCAUCUGUUGGGCGCCAUUUCACAUUCAACGAUUAUUAUACGUGUACGCGGACUCGACGUAUGAUGAUCAGUGGGUAUAUCCGGUUACCGGUUGCCUUUACUACUUCAGCACUACCAUUAAUCCUAUCCUCUAUAAUGUGAUGAGCGUGAAAUAUCGGAACGCAUUUAAGGAAACAUAUCGAUGUUCUCUCAGCAAUCCAUCCAUUAGUAGAGUUGACCUGAGCAGCGUAAGACAUUCUAGUACAAUUUACGGUGUCAAGCCUGGCAGAGGAUCUCAGGUGUUUCGAGGAGGAAGCAUAAAUAGCCAACAACAUGCGACGUACAGUGCAACUGGAGCCAUGGAAAUCAACUUACACGAUGCGGCCCAAUUACAGUCAGAGUCAGAGGAUGGAGAGACAAAGAAACGAAUAAAUAACGAUUCGCUGACAGCAGAUAAAAACGCUGAAGAAAUCAUUGCCUCGCAAUUUUUGCAACAAACAAAAAAGUCAUCGGUCCUCGUACACAUGAAAAAUGGACGUCUUAGAUAUCGAAUGUCUGACAAAGACGAUAUCCCCUCGAGUGAAACACACAUCUGA